UGCAGCUCAGCAUGGAUUUCUCCAAGUUCCUGGCGGAGGACUUCGAGGUCAAGGCCUGGGUGAACGGGGCCUUCAGGGCUGUGCAGCAGGAGGCGCCGGGCAAGGUGGAUGCCCACGCUGCCACCCUGGUCAUGAAGCUGCAGCUCUGCAUCCAAGAGGUCAACAAGGCGGUGGAAGAGACGAGCCGGCAGGCGCUGCAGAACAUGCCUCGGGUCCUGAGGGAGGUGGAGGCCCUGAGCCAGGAGGCCAGCUUCCUGAAGGAGCAGAUGGUGCUGGUGAGGGAGGACAUCAAGCGGCUGGAGGAGGACACCGCCCAGUCCAUGCAGGUCUUGGUGAAACUGGAUCAUGUGAAAUCCAGGAUGCAGCUGGCGGCCGAGUCACUCCAAGAAGCCGACAAGUGGAGCACGCUCAGUGCAGACAUCGAAGAGACUUUUAAAACCCAGGAUGUCUCUGUGAUCUCGGCCAAGCUGACCAGCAUGCAGAACAGCCUGGCGGUGCUGGUGGACACACCGGAUUACUCCGAGAAAUGUGUGCACUUGGAGGCCCUGAAGAACCGCCUGGAGGCGCUGGCCAGCCCCCAGAUUGUGGCCGCUUUCAACACCCAGUCUGUCGACCAGGCCCGGGUGUUCGUGAAGGUCUUCACCGAGAUCGACCGCCUGCCCCAGCUGCUGGCCUAUUACUACAAGUGCCACAAGGGGCAGCUGGUGGCCGUGUGGCAGGACUUGUGCCAGUCCGACCUCCCCUUGGAUCGGCAGCUGAUGGAGCUCUACGACGUUCUGCUGGGCACGUGGCACUCCCAGCUCCAGUGGGCCUCCCAGGUGUUCCAGAGCGCCCCGCAGGUGGUGGUGGUCCUGCUGAUCCAGGCGCUGGGGGCUUUGGUCCCCUCCCUCCCAGUCUGCCUCAGCACUGCCAUGGAGCGGGCCGCCGAGAGCAAGCUGGGCCAGCUCCUGAGCCUGCACGCGGCCACGGCCUACUUUGCGCGGGGCCUGGAGGCGGCCCUGCAGCCCAGCUCCAGGGACUGCAACCCGGCCAAGGUGGCAGAGCUGGUGGAGGCCGUCUACGGGCCCUACAAGCCCUUCCAGCUGCAGUACGGGGCCCUGGAGGAAGAGAACCUCCUCAUCCAGAUGAGCGCCGUCCCUCUGGAGCACGGGGAGGUGCUGGACUGCGUCCAGGAGCUGUGCCAGUCGGUGAGCAAGCUCUUUGGCCUGGCCCACCAGGCGGUGGACAACUGCCUCCAGCUGACCGACGGGCUAGGGGUGGGCGGCCUCCUCAAGGCCCUGCGCGCCCUCUUCGGCAAGUAUGCCUCAGACUUCGCCAGCGCCCUGCAGUCGAUCCGUAAGAAGUGCAAACUGGACGAGAUCCCUCCGCAGGAAGACUGGACCGCUUUCCAGAGCUCGAUCCGUAUCAUGGCUGCCUGUGGGGAGCUCCUGCGCCAGUGUGGGGACUUUGAGCAGCAGCUGGCCAACAGGAUCCUCUCGGCAGCCGGCAAGUACCUUUCGGAGUCGUACAGCGCCUGUGGCCUGGGCAGCCUCCCGGAGUCCGGCUCGGAGCGGCCGAGCGCAGCCAAGAACCCCUGGCAGGAAUACAACUACCUGCAGGAGGAGAGCCCGGGCGAGUACGCCGCCCUCCUGGAGACCCUCUACGCCCUCAAGGAGAAGGGGACCAGUCACAACCUGCUGGCGGCUCCACGCUCUGCCCUCACCCGCCUCAACCAAGUGGCCCACCAGCUGGCCUUCGACUCCGUCUUCCUGCGCAUCAAGCAGCAGCUGCUGCAGCUGCCCCGGAUGGAGGCCUGGAGCACGGCUGGCCCGGGGGAGAUGCUGGCCGAGGAGCUGCCCCAAUUCAGCCUCACCCCGCUGGAGCACAUCAGCAACAUCGGCCAGUACCUGAUGUCUCUGCCCCUGCACCUGGAGCCCUUCGUGACGCAGGAGGACUCGGCCUUGGAUCUGGCCCUGCAUGCCGGGAAGCUCCCUUUCCCUCCAGAACAAGGGGAGGAGCUGCCGGAGCUGGACAACAUGGCCGACUACUGGCUGGGCUCGCUGGCCCGAGCCACCAUGCAGACCUACUGCGAAGUCAUCUUGCAGAUCCCGCAGCUGAGCCCCCACUCGGCCAAGCAGCUGGCCACAGACAUCGACUACUUGGCCAACGUCCUGGACGCCCUGGGCCUGCAGCCCUCGCGGACCCUGCAGCACACCCUCCUGCUCCUGAAGGCCAAGCCCGAGGACUACAAGCAGGUCUCCCGGCCCCUGCCCCGCCGCCUGGCCAGCACCAUCGCAGCCAUGCGGGGCCUGGAGCCCUGAGGAGGGGAGGGGCCUGGGCAGGACUCUGCGGGGAGGCAGCAGAGAGCUCAAUAAAAGCCCCCAGGACCCCUUGCAUGAAGAGGCUGCCUUGCUUCGCCUGGGGUGGGGUCUCCGCAGAGGAGCUCUGGUGGAAAGGGCCCUUCAAGAGUCCAACCUGGGGUGGGGGAGAGGCCUUCUGCAACCCUCCUGCAGCUGGAAGGGGGCAUCAGCCUUCCCCCGCUGCUCCUUUGGCCAGCAGUCUGUCAAACGGAUGUGGAGCCAGAUGUGGCCCCCAGCUCUUGCUGCCUGGCCGUGUGGCUCCUGAGCCUCCGGGGAAGUCCCGGCUUCUUUCCCAGGGACUGGGCAGAGGAACAGGCUACCAUGGGCAGAGAGGACCUGUGCAAACUGGAUCCCGCCGGCUUCCUGCCGCUGCCCUCCUGCAACGUGCUGCCCAUUCUUCAAGACUGGCUGACGCUGGCUGAGACCUCGCAACAGCCGGGGCGGGGUGCCACAGGAAGUGCAGACGGGGGUGGGGUGGGAGAACAGGGCUGGGCAGGAAGCCCAUGGGGAGGGCCUGGAGGCUUCUGCCCUCUCCCCCCCUCAGCCAGACUGCUGGCUUGGCAAGACCUUGUGGGCAUGGCCCAGGGUGGGCACCUGGCUCCCAGAGAGGCCUGCAAGGAAAGGUCUCCUGGGAUGGAGGAGGGGGCGAGGGGAGCGUUCCAGACUUCAACCUGCAAGUCCCCUCUGGGGCAGGGGGCAGCUGUCCCUAUGCGCUAGAGAGGGCCAGUGUUCCAGGCUGCAGGAGCUCCUUUUUUAAAAACAUAAGUUUAUUUUAAAAAUUCCAGGUUAUUCUGAACUUUGUUGGGUGAAGUACAUAACAAAUUCUACUAUGCAUAAAGUACUAUGGAAUGUAUAACAUUGUAAAACAUCUUAUUUAGCAUUUAAGAUAACGUCCAAUUCGCCAAUCAAUCGAUCAGUAGAUAAAUAUCUUACUAAGGAUAAAUUAACUCGUAACUGGGCUAGAAUUUUUUGACUCUAAGGAUAAUGACUUGCUCCAUCCCAGCCAAACAAAAAGAAGAGGAAGAGAAGUUUUGGAAGAACAAAUGAUUUUAUUAAGUGGUAUCGAUCAUACCAGUUGAGCAACAAUUUUUCCCAUUUUCCAAGAUCUGAUUUAAAGUCCUGAAAUUUGUUUGAGGUAGUUGAUUUUCAACAAAUCUUUAAUAUACGGUGUGAGAAGAAUGCCCAAAUAAGGCAAAGAGGUGUGUGACCGUUGAAAUGUGAAAUUUUCUUUUAAGAAUUGUUGUUGAUGAAGAUAGGUUAACUGGAAGUAUAGCAUUUUGAGGUGUUUAUUUUCAAGCCCAAAAUUGUGCUAAACUGCAAUAGAAGGUUUUGUAGACA